AUGGGUGAAAAGAGAGCAAAUCCCAAAAAUGAUGGGGGAAAAAAUAAAAGGAUGAAAUAUAGACUUGCUACUGGUAUGAUAGAUCCUGGGACUUCCGGAAUAUAUGCUACUUGUGCUAGAAAAAAAGAACGGUUUGCAGUUCAAGAGUUGGGCUUAUUAUUUGAGGAAAAAUUGCAGGAAUACUAUGAAAAAGAAUUGACUGAUCUUGCCAAGGAAGGUAAAAUAGCUUCUGAUCUUGAUGAAGAAGAACCUGCGGAAUUAUCUAUUGAGGAGCAAAUUAAACAAGAGUUAUCUGAAAUUAAGAGGAGUAACUCAAAAACUAAAACCUUCGAUAAUAAUGGUAGACAAAAGAAAGAAAUUUUACAAUUUAUUGAUUUAAAUUGUGAAUGUGUUGUCUUCUGUAAAACAAGAAGACCAAUUAUUCCUGAAAAGUUCGUAAAAAGAAUCAUUGAAGAAUUAGCUGAUCCCUCAAAUAUGGAAAAGCGUACUAGAUAUAUUCAAAAAUUAACACCCAUUACAAAUUCUUGCAAUGCUUCUAUGGACCAAUUUAUUAAAUUACUUGAAAUAGUAUUAGAACCUCAUUUUCAUUCAAAAGAUGUUCAUCAAGAUUACAAGUUUGCUGUUGAAGUUACUAGGCGUAAUUUUAACACAAUGGAAAAGAUCGAUAUGAUUAAUCAAGUUGUCAGUCAAGUUAGUAAGUCAGAAAAUCAUAACCAUACUGUUGAUCUUAAAAACUAUGAUAAACUAAUUCUUGUGGAAUGUUUCAAGAGUAACAUUGGUGUGUCAGUUGUAGACGGUGAUUAUCUAAAAAAGUAUAAAAAAUAUAACAUUCAACAAAUUUUUGAAGCAAAAUUUAAGAAGAACGCUGAAGAAAAUGAAAAAGAGAACAUGAGAUCUGCCACAAAAGAAUGA